AUGACCGACGCAAAAGACGACAUCAAGACCGCCGACCCGGAAGACAGCAAAUCUCACCACGCAAAUAGUCACCGUCCAGGCUCCGGCCGCGGAUCGUCCCCGCACGACCGUCAUCGCCAAUCCGACAGCUUCCGCCCAGGCAGCCGCGACGAUCGCACAUCUGCAAACAGGUAUUUGAGCGAGCGCGAAGAGAAUGACGAGCGGAGAGCAAGACGGUCCAAGGGAGUGGAGGAUGAGGAGGGAAAGCCCGCCAAAGCCGGCAGUGACAAGGACAGUGCUAAUGGAAGUACACGCAGUGCGCGCAGAAGCCGCUCUCCUCGCCGUGACGACUAUACUCGCCGAGUCCGCUCUCGUGACCGCGGUCCCGACUCAUACCGCGGUGACGGUGGUCGUUCGCGCAUGGUCGAUGACAGCUACCGCCCAGGGCGUGAUGGAGGAGGACACAGAGGUGGAGACCGUCGCGAUCGAGACUAUGACCGUGAUGCACGUGACCGUUCGAGCAGGUACGACGACGAGGCCCGCCAUGGCCGUGGUGGAGGCCGCGAUGGCGGCCGUGACCGUCGCGACAACCGCGACAAUCGCCGUGGUCGUGGUGCAACCCCGCCAGAGCUCGACCAGGAGGAGCGCGAUAAGCGCACGGUGUUUGUGCAGCAGCUCGCCGCCGCACUUCGCACCAAGCAGCUCAAGGCUUUCUUCGAGCAGUCGGGACCAGUUGUGGAGGCUCAGAUUGUGAAGGACCGAGUCAGUGGGCGCUCUAAAGGUGUUGGUUACGUCGAGUUCGCAGAUGAGGAAUCCGUGCAAAAGGCAUUGGAACUGACUGGACAGAAACUCAUGAAUAUUCCCAUCAUCGUGCAGCUCACUGAAGCGGAGAAGAAUCGUCAAGCCCGCACCAGCGAGGGUCAACCUACUCAGUCCAACGGCAUUCCCUUCCACCGUCUCUACGUCGGCAACAUUCACUUCAGCAUUGAAGAGUCGGAUCUCCGCGACGUCUUCGAACCAUUUGGCGAGUUGGAGUUUGUGCAGCUUCAGAAGGAAGACACUGGCCGCUCGAAGGGAUAUGGAUUUGUGCAAUUCGCCAAAUCUGAUGAAGCCAAGAUCGCACUCGAGAAGAUGAAUGGUUUCGAAGUCGCCGGCCGCCCAAUUCGUGUGGGCUUGGGCAGCGAUAAGUUCACACCAGAGACGACUUCUGCCCUCCUGCAGCGCUUCGGCAGCCAGGCUCACCACGCUCAGAUGCAGGGUUCUUCAUUCUCCGGCGCAGGCGGUCGCGGCGCUCACGCCGGCGGCCAGAACAACUUCGACCGCUCAACCAACGCUCGCGAACACGACAAGUCCGGCGCUAGUGGCGCCCUUGACGAUACCGAUGUUGGUGGGGUCGCAUUCAACAACUACUCUCGUCACGCUUUGAUGAGCAAACUCGCUCGCACUGAUGAGCCGCAGCCCGUGGUCGAGACCAAGGUCGCUUUGCCGCAGAGAGUGGUCGUCGACGAGCCCAACCCUUCCCGUUGCGUGCUCAUCAAGAAUGUCUACAAUCACUCCAAAGAAACCGAAGAAUCCCUCGCCGACCUCAAAGUCGACAUGCGCGAAGAAUGCGACAAGAAAUACGGCUCCGUCGUGCACCUCGACACCGCUUCCGGUAGCACCGGCGGCGAAGUGUACGUCAAGUUCGCGGCCAAGGACGGCGGUAUCAAAGCCGUGCAGGGUCUCAACGGUCGCUUCUUUGGUGGGAGACGUCUGACGGCGAGUUAUGUCGCGGAUGCGUUCUACCAUACCAUGUGGCCGAAGGCGAAGGGACUUUGA